AUGUACGUUUCAAGAUUGGGUAGACUUGGCCUUCCGAGGGCCGGAAACCUCAAAGCGGUUAUUGGUGAUUGGCGGAUAACAAGAAGAUUGGAAUCAACAUCUUCGUCUACUCAGCGUCCAUUGAGAUUAAAGUAUCAGCAGUUUUCACAAUACUAUAAAGACCCUGCAAUAAGUAAGAACGUUCCAGAACUCGAACAGACGCGAUUGAUCCCCACCUUACCUGCAUUUUAUGCUAGCAAUCCCUUGCAUGAGGAACAUAUCUCGAAAUUGACUGACUUGUUGAACAGAUAUCUCAGUUUACCAUUUGAUAAGAGAAACUCGAGCAAUUCCUGGCUGACUUUCGAAGAUUAUAAGGAGAUUGGAGGAGGAAACAAGCUAAAAGUGACUCAGUACCAAAAAUUGAUGACUGUUUUGAAAAGAUUAGAUUCUAUUGAUCCUCAGCUAAAGAACGACGAAAUUGAGGGUGCACUAGGUGGCUAUAGAAAGGCUAAAGAACAGGCGUCUGCCAGUAAGAAAUCCAAAACCUUGGAUGAUAAGGGAAGGGCAGUUGCCUUAGGACGGAGGAAGGCUUCCAGUGCAAAGGUUUACGUUGUUAAAGGCAGUGGAGAAUUUUUAGUCAAUGGUAAGCCAUUGGAGAACGUGUUCCCAAGUUUUAACGAUAGAUUGACAGUGUUGUAUCCUCUUCAGGUAGUCAAUGGCGAGGGUGAUUACAAUGUUUUCGCAUUGUCCAGGGGUGGUGGUAAGACAGGUCAGAUAGAUUCUAUCAAGCUAGCCAUUUCUCGAGCCCUUUGUAUACAUAAUCCUCUGUUGAAAAAGAGGCUAUUUUCUGCGGGCUGCUUGACUAGAGAUCAUAGAGUCGUGGAGAGAAAGAAGCCUGGUAAGAUGAAAGCCCGUAAGAUGCCUACCUGGGUUAAGCGUUGA